AUGAGGCUGGUUCAAGCUGUUGUUCCUCACAUGGCAACUAGGAAAAAGGGAAAAAUCGUAAAUGUCGGAAGUGUCUCUGCUUUGGCUCCUGGUCCAUGGGCUGGUAUCUAUAUUGCAACCAAAGCGGCUCUUCAUUCACUAACCGAUACCUUGAGGCUGGAACUCAGGCCUUUAGGGAUUGAUGUGAUCAAUGUGGUUCCUGGAGCUAUUAAGUCAAACGUUGCAAAUUCUGCAAUAGCCAGCUACAACCAGAUGCCUGAGUGGAAGUUAUACAAGCCAUUUCAAGCAGCAAUACGAGAGAGAGCGCAUCUUUCACAGGGACCUAAGUCCACCCCUACAGAAGAGUUUGCUCGGAAUACGGUGGCAGCUGUGCUAAAGGAAAAUCCACCGGCAUGGUUCUCCAUGGGCCAGUUCUCUACGGUCAUGUCAAUCAUGUACCAUUUGCCGCUUUCUGUUAAAGAUUUUAUCCUGAGGCGACAAUUUAAAUGCUAA